CAGUCGCCCCGACGUUAUCCCUCUGAACAUUUGUGUCCAUUUAGUUAGCUCACGAAUUUUAGUUUAGUAAACAAGGGAACAUGUUUUAAAAUAAAAUGGAAACCUCUGUGAAAAGAUAUAUUAGGAGUGAGUCUGCGAGCUGCGCUCAUAUUGUCGAAGAGAGCGCGGCUAACAAUCAAAAAACAUCUGAUCCUCAUGAAAAAUUGAAGGCUUUGUUGAAUUCGCCCGAGGAAGACACGGAUGAUAGUUUACCACCAACAGACGCACCGAAAUUUGGGACUGUGAUACAUAACAGGAUUUUCGUUGGCGGUUUUUCUUUGACUACCACGGAUGAGGACUUGUGGAAGUUCUUCUCGGGUUUUGCGACAGUGACGGCUGCGAGGGUGAUAUACGAUAGAGCUGGUGUGUCCAAAUGCUAUGGUUUUGUGACCUUCGCCAGUCCAAGGGUGGCGAGACUCAUAGUCAAACAGAGUGGCGGAGUAAUGUUUUCUCCUCUCGGCCGCUUAAGGGUAGCACAAGCAGUAAGAAAACAAAUGAGUCAACUGCCCGUGUUAAGCACCGAAGCUACUCCUCUCCAGGCGCCACUUUGCUACCAGCUUCUAUGUGCGCCUCCUCUCGCUCCGUUGCCUGCUUGUGCACCAUGUGAAAUUGCACCGCCACCAUACGCAGUAUACCCGCUGCCUUUUGAGACUACUCCAGCAAUUUAUGGUCCACCAGCGCAGUAUGCUCUCGUACCGGCACCGUACACCACUCCUUGUUGCGAGCCAGCAUGCUGUGCGCCUCUCGAUAAACAGCCCCGUAUACCACCUCCACCCCUUCAUCCAGCCUUCAUCUACUAGUUCUAUCAAGAUUUUUAGGUUUGUCAAGACGGCUGUGAACUAAUCAUCACGGAACGAUAAUCUUGCUAUCAUCUUCAGGAACUAUUAACUAUAGCAGUCGACUGUAGAUGAGGUAUAUAGUUGCAUUAUGUUCCAUACUCGAAUAAGAUCACACUACUUAAUUCUUUUCAAGUGUCGACGGUGGUGAAAAGGAUUUUCGCUAAGUUUGAGUUGUUAAUUACGAUGUGGUUCUCGAGCGAGUCUUCCAGUUUUAUUGUGCUCAAGUUUGAUCCUCUUUUCAAAUGAAAAUAAUAGUUUACGAAAAUGACCUACUGCAUCUGGCAAACCAUCAAAUAAAAUAAUAAUAAUUUUGUUAAAAAUAACAUAGCUUAGCAG